AUGAUUAGCCCACUUGUUGCACUAUGUGCAAUUAUACCAUUAGCUCAAGCGACUUACUACAAUAAUUCAGCAGAAUAUAGUUCUGGUGCUUUAGGUGCGUCUCCAGUACAAAGUUAUCAAUCCGUGAAUUAUACAGCUGUCGAAUUCAAUAUAAAUGUAUAUCCUACAAGUGAAUCCUCCGAGGGAUAUUUGUUCCUUGCACCUAGAGGAACAGAUGUGACUACACCAGCACCGUUGAUAAUGACCAACGAUGGUGAAUUGGUGUGGGAUGGAACAGAAUUUGGUUUCGAUCAAUCAAUGGCUUUUACAACUGGAACAUAUCAAGGUAAUCCUGUGAUAACCCUUUGGGAUGGUCAGUUCAACGCUGCUGGAUAUGGUAUUGGAUAUGGUAUAAUAUUGGAUCAAAGUUAUAAAGUGAUUGGAAACGUAUCCACAACAAUCAGCGGGUCAGGUAUAGAUUUACACGAGUUCUACCUCACAGAUAACGAUACAGCUCUUGCAACUGUCUACAUCAACGAGGAAUACGAUCUGACCUCAUACAACGUCACCACUACCGAUGGAAGUCAAGGAUGGAUCUUGGGAGGUGCUUUCCAGGAGAUUGAGGUUGCGACAGGAGAAGCACUUUUCACUUGGAAAUCAUUAGAUCACGUAAAUCCAAAUCUAUGUUACGCCUCCCCCGGAUCAACAGGGACAGCCCAAUCUAAUCCAUGGGAUUAUUUCCACAUCAACGCUAUCGAAAAAGAUGAUCAAGGUAACUACUUGAUAUCGUCAAGACAUUGUCAUGCGUUAUAUUAUAUCUCGAAAGAUGAUGGAUCUAUUCUUUGGUCUAUCGGAGGUAUGAAUUCUACUUUCACAAUGGGUGAUCAGACAAGCUUUGAAUGGCAACAUGAUGCUCGAUGGCAAAGUAAUUUCUCUCAAAUCAGUGUGUUCGAUAAUGCAGCUACAUCAUGGGAAAGUGACGAAACCACUGCAAGAGGAUUAUUGUUGAACAUCGAUGAAUCCAGUAAGAACGUCACUUUAGCUCAAGCAUAUAUUCCAUGGAAUGAAACAGUAUCGAGGUCACAAGGAUCAAUGCAACUUCAACCUAAUGGAAAUUGGUUAUUAGGUUGGGGACAAACACCCUUUUUCUCAGAAUAUACAUCUGAUGGAACGUUGAUUUCUUCGACUCAAUUUGGUGUUGGAAAUGUUCAAGGUUAUAGAGUAUUAAGGUCUAAUUGGACCGGAUAUCCAACUACUUCACCUAAAUUCACAAUCAUAAGUAAUUCUUCAACGACUCAAUAUGAUUUAUACGUUUCUUGGAACGGUGCUACAGAAGUCAGUCAAUGGGAAUUCUUAGGUAUGAACCAAACCUCAUCAUCAUCAUCGACAAGUCUAGGUAAUAUAACGAAAAGUACAUUUGAAUCGACUUUCUCUAUCAAUCAAGGCGAUGCUCCUUAUCAAUGGGUCCAAGCUAGAGCUACAAGUUCAAAUGGAAGUGUAUUAGGAUAUUCGGAUUUUCUGGCUAUCAAUGGAAGUGGAUCGACUUCAGCUAGUGAUGAGGAGAAAUCACAAGUAACGAUAGGCACAGCAACCGCGACUUUCACCUCGUCUGCGAGUACCGCAUCGAACACUGCGACUUCAUCUUCAACAAGCACAAGCGGUGAGGAGACUAGAUACGCAGCAGGAACAGGAGCAGUGAUAUGUGGUAUUUUGGCAUCACUGAUGUUAUUGUAA